UUCAUAGCGAUCAAGAGGAUAAGUCUUCAUAAAUCGAGAAUUCUUCGUAGAUUUCGAGCAUUCUUUCUCACAAGCUGCUAGCGAUCAUCAGAAUUCCUAAAUUUCAAGAGCAUUCUUUCUUCUAUCGAUCAUAUUUCUUCCUCGCGCCCAGUUCUAACGUGUUCUUCACAGCAAUCUAGUGGAUAGCCAAUGCUUUCGAGCAUUCUUGCGAUCUAGUGGAUAGCCAAUGCUUCUUCGUACAUUUCGCGCAUUCUUUCCCACAAUUUCUCUUCGUCUACCUCCGAAGAGCGAUCAGUGGACUGGAGUCUCGGUUUCAAGGGGAUUGUAUGGCCUGCGCGGCACACAUUGCGCAGCUCCUAAAGUCUUGCAAAGCUUCCCGGGAUCUCUCCGAGGCACGGCGUCUUGACGCUCGCAUAGCGGCUUCUCGCGAGCUCCAGCACGACAGGUACCUCUUGAAUCUCCUCGUCGAGGCCUAUGGCAAGUGUGGUAGCACCCGAGACGCUUGCGCGGUCUUUGACAGGAUCCAAGCUCCAAACCACUUCUCCUGGAACAUCAUGCUCGACGUCUACGCUCGAAACGGGAAGCUUUGCGAGGCCAGGGAAGUGUUCGACCAGAUGCCCAGCAAGGACGCCAUCUCCUGGAACACCAUGCUCUCGGCGUAUGCCCGGCAGGAUCAUACACUCCAAGCGCAAGAACUCUUCGCCAAGAUGCCGCAAAAGGACGUCGUCUCUUGGAACUCCAUGCUCACUCUCUACGCCAGCAGCGGCCAGCCCCUCCAUGCGAAGCUCCUCUUCGAGAGAAUGCCGCUCCAGAGCGAAGCCACUGUCACGGUGAUGAUCCAAGUCUUCUCGCAGCUAAGUUUGAUCGAAGACGCGAGGAGGGUCUUCGAAAGCAUCCCCGAGAAGACCCCGAUUCUCUGGAACGCGAUGAUCAUGGCCUAUUCGCGGAGCGGCAAUGCGAAAGAAGCCGCCACCUUGUUUCAACAGAUGCCCAACAAGGAUAUAGUUUCAUGGAAUUCCUUGCUCACUUCCCUCGUCCAGGAAGGAUGCCUGGACGAUGCCAGGAAAAUCUUUGAUGCCAUGCCCGAUACCAGCAUUGUCUCGUGGAAUCUCAUGGUGGCCGCGUACUCACAACUUGGUCACGUAGACGAGGCCGUCACCUUGUUCGAGACAAUGCCGUACAAGACCAUCGCUGCGAGUACGGCGCUCAUACAAGCGUUUUGUCACGAGGGGUUUCUCGACAAGGCGAGAGAUUUGUACGAGAGUUUCCCGGAGGAGAAUCUCCAGGCAUCGAAUUCGAUGCUCCUGGGAUAUGCCCAUUCUGGGUAUAUGGACGAAGCCAGCGCCCUCCUUGCUCGGAUGUCUGUGAGGGAUGUAGAUUCCUGGAACAUUAUGAUCCUGGGAUAUGCCCGGGAUGGGCAUCUCCGCGAGGCCGAGUGUGUGUUCGAAAACAUGCCGGAGAAGUCCGUCUCGUCGUGGAACUCGAUGAUCACGUCGUAUGCCCGGAAUGGGUAUAUAGCGGAAGCUAGAGCGGUGUUUGAUUCCAUGGUGAGGAGGGACGUAGUGUCUUGGAACGCGAUCAUCCAAGCCUACAUUCUUGCAGAAGAUCUCGCGAAAGCCGAGGAUCUCUUCUGUACAGCCCCUGAAAAGAAUACCGUGACUUGGACUUCGAUGAUCCAAGCUUAUGCUCGCAACAACGAGAUUGCAAAGUCUAGAGGGCUUUUCGAGGCAAUGCCACGCAAGGAUUUGAUCGCGUGGAGGGUGAUGCUCACGGGAUAUGCCCAAAACGGGCAUCCAGACGAAGCCAUGGAGCUCUUUGCGAGAAUCCCUCACAAGAGCUCGAGUUUGUGGAACACUAUGAUCGGGGUCUACUAUACGGCAGGAAGAAUCUCCCAAGCCAGAAACAUAUUCGAGAGCAUCAAUCCAAAACCAAGCAUUUGCUGGAGCACCCUUACCGCAGCAUAUGCCCGUUCUGGUCAUGUGCUGCAGGCAGCAGAAUUGUUCCACCAACAUCCCAGCCCGGAUCUCGAAACUUUCAUCACUAUGAUCACAGCGUACGGAAAGUCUGGCCUAGUAGAAGAUGCCAAAAGAAUCUUUUACGCCAUCAAGGAGCCAAACCCAAUGGCCUGGAAUGCGCUCUUCGCGGCAUAUGCCCAGAACAGCCACCUUGCCAGCGCGAGAUUCCUCUUCGAUACCCUUCCCCGCCGCGACGCCGUGUCGUGGACAGCGAUGGUGGGCGCGUAUGCCCACAGCGGGCAUAGCGGCCUGGCUUGCGAGCUCUUCCAAGAAAUGGAGAUCCACGGCGUGGCACCCGAUGGGAUCACUUUCAUCGCGCUCCUGGGCGCUUGCAGCCACCUGGGCAGGAUCAAGCACGCGGGCAGCUACCUCAAUUCCUUCCCGGAGCGAGAAAUCGCCCCAAUUGUGGAUCACUACCAAUGCAUUGUCGACGGCCUCGCGAGAUCCGGGCAGCUGGAACAAGCCCGGGAUUUGAUCCGGGAAAUGCCGUUCGAGCCGAUCGCGGCGGCGUGGACAUCGCUGCUUGGCGCGAGCAAAUUCCAUGGGGAGCUUCUUGCCCUAAUUCCCGGGCUUGGUUUCUAGGGCUGACGUGUUGGGGG